AUGCGAACGGUGCUCAUAUUCUUUGCGAUGGCCCUCAUUGCCUGUGCCAAGCGAGACAGUAAUGAGAAGUUCAAAGCGUGUUGUGCGAGGCAAAAAUCAGCUGAUAAGGAAUGCAAAAGAAAAUUCUGCGAUUUUAAAGUCAUUAAUCAAAACAAUGUUCUACACUUCUUAAAUAUGUGCUCACCCCGUGGUGAUACCGUGAAACAGAUGUGGGAUUGUGCAUCAUCCAGAAAAGACCAUCUGGAGUGCUGUAAGAAAAAGAAUGUGCUUCCAUCAUGCAUGAAAUACUGUGAAACAUCGCAUUCAGCACCACCGGAUUAUCUGAAUCAUCUUAUUUGUCUGCAGAAUUUCGAUGCUAUUAGUUAUUGCUUCAGAAAUCAUUUGGAGACUAAUCCAAACAUAUUCGGAGACAAUUAA